UUUAGUUUAGUUUAGUGACAGAAGUAAUCGGCAAUUGGAAAGUUGGAAGGAAAAGAAAAGAGAUGGAGAAGGCGGUGAGAGCUUACGCAGAGGUUCUGAGACUUGUAAGGCGUUUACCGAAGGACUCCAGAGGUUAUUAUGCCAAAUACGCUCGCGAGAACUUCGUUAAUUACCGUGAGGUCGAUCCUUCUGAUUCUACAACUCUCCAUGAUCUCUUUCAACGCACCUACACUCAUUCCCUAUGGGUCCUCCAUAAGUAUUCCGUUGAUGAAUCUGCCGCCGAUAAGCUGAAGGGAAUAUGCUGCACUUAAUGCUGUCUGUGCAUUCCAACUGUUUGUUGUUUUUCCCCACUCAAACAGCGUUGCCCCUUUUCCGUUUCUCACUACAACUUUAUGCUUGAUGAUACUAUAAUAAUUUGCAGUUGUAUUACUAUUUUCCUAAAGCUUGUUCAAGAGUUAUAAGUUUCUAUUUAUUGAUUUGUUUGUUUUGAA